AUGGAUCUCCAGUUCAAGAUCCCGUUCUUCUCUCUUUUCGUCCUUUUCGCCCUUUUCCAGAAGACCCAAGCUUUUGGAGCAGGAAACAUCGCCUCCAUUUCCCGUAUCGAAGGCCAAAAUUGGCGCCAUGGGGAUAUUGAAGAUGCCCUUCUAACUUUGUUCCUGGCCCGCGUUGCUGGUGGCCGUAAAUUCAACAAGCUUGAUGUGCAACGCGUCUAUUUCGGAAACUGGUUGCGUGACUAUAGCCAGGCUGUUGAUGUCGGAACGCUGAAAUAUGUAAGCACCGAGGCUAUUCGCAUUCUGAUAUGGGUAUUGGGGUUCCUCAGUUUCGGCUACGGGACCAAAGAGUUUGAGGUGACAACAGAGCGUCUUGGGUGUUAUGAACCGACGGAACACAUAGAUAACCCUCUUGGUUAUGCGGAGGGGGAGGAUGCCCGGGAUUAUGAUCCCAGACUGAGAGGCCCAGUUGAUGAGGAGCGUGAACUUUCCGUUGACCCAAGAACUGGCCUCAAGAAUUAUAUAGCCUCCGAGGACUUGGGGAUUGCAACCUCUGCAGGCCUAGUACGACGGGUAUUUCAACGAUCCAUCCGGCUGGCUCGUCGGUACGCAAGCUCGAGAAACGACGAAGAUUUGCACGAAGCUCUCCGUCUUCUCGGAACUGGGCUUCAUUGCCUUGAAGACUAUGCGGCGCAUUCAAAUUACGCCGAACUCAGUCUGAUCGAACUAGGCGAAUCGGAAGUGUUCCCCCACGUCGGCCGUGACACUAAAGUAGAAAUCCGGGGCGCCCGGGACUACGUCUAUCCCAUCAUCACGGGGACUUUUGGUGGUGUUGACUUCUUCCAUUCCGUGCUCGGUGAAUUAUCCGAUAAAGCCAUGCAGUCUGAAGUUCAAUCUCUGGAAGGCGUGAUGGCUGAAUCGCAGAAUGGAACGCCAUCCGAGAGCUUCAUACAGGAGCUGCUCGGGAAGAUACCAGAUGGAUUGAUCGGUGACACAAACGGCCAGGCCGACAAAAUGAACGAAUUCAAAUCGAGAUCGGAAUCGGCUAAGGAGACCAAUCAACGGGUUUCUCCCCGCGAACCCGAAGAGUGGACACGAUACCUGGACGAUGUGCAUCAGCAAAUUUAUCCCAUUUUGGAGUGGCACGAUAAUUUGAUCAAAUCUAUUAACAGUGCGAUCGAAAAAAUUCCAGUUCUACCGGAGCUGAUCGAACAGAUUCAAGAACAGAUAACGAUAUUCGUCUUUUCGGUCAUUGCGCCAUAUGUGCUCCCCAUUCUCCAGCAGGUAAAAGUUGAGCUGCAAACCGGAUCGUCUGAAGUCAUUCAAAGCAGCAAGGAGCAGCAGCAUAUUGUGUUUGAUGAUGACUCCUCUUCCAACCCGACGCACUCGAUGCUUUCGAAAGACCAUUUCUCAAACUUACUCAAUGAGCCUGCGGGCCGAGUAGCUUCCCAAGUUGUCAAAUGGGUGGUGCCUCAGCUCAUGGAAUGCUGGGACAAUGAAGACAUUGAUGUUGACAGAACGCUGGAUAGGAUCAUAUCAGGUGUUUUUCAUCAUCCCGCCCUCCGAGAGUUCGGUGAAGACGGUGCGAUUGAUGUCCGUCAAACCAUGUUUGGCACUAUCGAAGAGUGGUGGCAAGGAAAAAGCGAGGAGGAGAAAGAGAUGUUACGGGAACAUUUAUCUCGGGACGGUGUAUUCGAGGGGAAGAAUCAUAGGGAGGGAGUUCAUGACUCAGGUCAUGGAUGCGGCAAACCACUGAGUAUCCAGAAACACCAUACUUCCAACGACAGUGCCCAAGCGGAUGACAGCAAAUUCGGAAAGUUCGCAGCGGAAGCUGCAGGUGGCGGUUCUCUUGGUGGACUGGUUGGUGGCCUUGUGAGCGGUGUUGGGUCUUUGUUAUUGAACAACAAUUCCGACCGAUCUCAGACGGGCGAUGACGAGCGCCGACGACCCUCAUAUAAUGAUGACGGCCGAUUGGAGCAAGACGAGGAUCACGCGGACUAUGGUUACGGCCAACGACAAGCUCAGGAACGUUUCGACUAUUCAGGCGGAAGCGAGUACGUGCAGAGCCAAUCGAUAUAUACCGAUGUCCAGUAUCGUGAGUCGCAGGAGACAUUUACCUCGAGACGCGAUGACUAUAGUAGCGAGCACGUCGACCGUCGUUACGAAUAUGAAAGCCACCCCAGAUAUGAGGUGCAAACGAGUGAUUACACCGAAUCGCGCUAUGCGGCAUAUGAAAGCGAGGGUGGACGUUAUGAGUCUCAAGAAUAUGCACCUCGUUAUACUCAUGAUGCCCGCGAAAGGUAUGGGGAUGAUGAGUACUCUCGGGAAGGUGGCAGUUAUUCCAACAGCAACAGCGAGUAUGUCGAAGGUUCGUAUGGGUAUGGCGGACGCCCGCGCUACGAUGCCAACCCAAGAGGAUAUGAGUAUUGA